CCAGUGAGAUCUCAAAUUAGCUACAAUGACCCACAAGGUCAUAUCGUCGAACAAAAAGAGCCCUUUAUUAGAAUUGUUGUGGACGUGUCUUAAGUUCAAGUUUAAUCAACAGUACCAGUAGUGUUUAUAUACACCCUACUUCACUCACUCAUCGGUUGCAGUUUGAUCGGUUGUGGGAGGAGAAACAAAUCAGUACGCUGAAGAAACGAAAUCGAACGCUUAUUUCGUACGACUUUGACAUGAUGAGCGGAACUAAGGACAAGGGAGAACUGUUGAUUAUAGCUAAUUUGGCUGAGCAGUCAGAGAAGGGCGAUUACUACCGAUACCUCACGGAGAUUUUACAAGGCGAUGAACGUAAGGCCCCAUCAAACCAAGCGUUGGAGGCCUACAAAGCUGCAGAUGAAGCUGCCUCCAGGCUGCAGUCCACGCACCCCAUCCGACUGGGCUUGGCACUAAACUUCUCCGUGUUCUACUAUGAGAUACUCGAUUCCCCAGAUGCUGCCUGUAAACUGGCGAAGGCAGCGUUUGAUGAGGCUGUGAAGGAUCUGGACCCGUCCGGAAACGAAAGCCAAUACAAAGAGAGCACUUUGAUUAUGCAGCUUCUGAGAGAUAAUUUGACACUAUGGACUUCGGAAAUGCAGGAGGAAGGUGUAGAAGACGACUGAGUCAGCUAUAUCUAUUUUCAUCAUUGAAAAAACUGACCUUGUCUUAAGGAAAAUUAAUCUAGCUGGACGAUAACUGAAACACUUAUCAUAGAAAGAAUAUUUUAUUUCUAAACCUCUGACUUACCAGAAUUUAGCGUUCUAUAAAUGAAGGAAAGUUGUUGGGAGGUUGGAAAGCUUCUAACAAAAUGGAAAAACAUGACACAAAUUUAAACAACAGUACUGUCAACAGUGACACCCUUAAUUAUAGGCUAUAAUUAGGGGGGGGGGGGUUAGCUCAAGAAGGGCCAACUAUAUCUUUCCAUCCACCAUAUGCUUUUGAAUGCAAGAAUUUUGUUCUUCCAAAAUUUUACCGGUACGCCCUAAUACACGCCUCACUUUUCGGUUCCAAGCCGUCACCUGGAACACUAGAAAACAGCCUCUUUCCAAGGAUUUACUGGUAAUUUCACUGUCUGCAGUAAGAAGAAAGGGAAUGAAACUGUGUAUGAUUACAGGGAUAUGUCUUUGCUCAAAAAUACGUCAAUUUUUUCUUCGUUUAGCAAAUCAGCGAUACUCUGAGCAGUACGUCAUGCAAGCAAGUAAUUCAAUAAAAUUAUCGUCCCCCCCUCUGAUAAACGCCUUUUAGUCCUCUCAAUUUAUAUUUUUGUAGUAAAGUCACAGAGUUUCAAAAAGAAGACAACUUGUCUUUUUUGAAAUAUUUUUGGGAGUUAGCAAGCGCCAAACGUAGACAGUUAUGAAUCGCUCAUAGCCUCCUGUCAGAGAAUAUCAUUAAUGCAAUUAGCUUUGCAAAUUUAAACUUGAGAGCUGGUACUUUAGUGUAAAUAAAAACCUGAAAACUUCA